AUGGAAAAAACUGUGUUAAAUACAUUAUUACAAAGUAGUGAAGAUUAUAAUAAGAAUAGAAAUGUUUUCGGAACCUUACUAAAAGAUGAAAGUAAGGUUAAAACAUUAGAUCAGGUAAAUAAAUGUUUUGAAGGACUAAGGAUACAAUCUUAUGUAGAAUAUGAUAAAAAGGAAAGCGAACAACUUGCAGGAAAAAUUAAUAAUAUUAUUAAAACACUUAACACAAUAGUUGUGAAACCAUGUUUUUCAGAGAUUCUUUUAUAUGUUGGAACUCCUUUGUUUGUAAUUUGUACAAAUUUUCAAAAUAACAGAUCCAAAUAUACACUGUUGGGUUACAUAGAUGAUGUUUUUGGAUCUAUUGGAGAACCUAUGUAUUCUAUAUGUAUAAAGUGUAGCCCAACACAUGUACUGAAUAUUAAUCAGCAUGUAUAUUAUUUUCCUAAUCAUCCAAAUACAUUACACAUAUUAGUAGAUUUCGUCAUUGUGUUUACGAAAAUACCCGAUUAUAGGGACAGAUACUUAUUAUUUUUCAAAAUAUUUAUAAAUGAAGUUUUAAUACCCUGUGUAACUUGCACCAAUGUUUCGGAACAAGCACAUCAUGUAUCAAGAGCAAAACGUGGGCAAGCAAUAGGAAGUGUAAGAGGCUUUCGAGGGUGUACAGUUUGGUUAACAGGUCUUUCUGGUGCAGGAAAAACUUCUAUAGCCUUUCAAGUUGAAGCUAUUUUAGUUAAUCAUGGAAUUGCUGCUUAUGGACUUGAUGGAGAUAAUGUAAGGAGUGGUUUAAACUGCAACCUUGGUUUCAGCAAAGAAGAUAGAAAAGAAAAUAUAAGAAGAGUUGCUGAAGUAGCUAAAUUAUUUGCUGACAGUGGCCAAAUUUGUUUAUGUAGUUUUGUAUCACCAUUUGAAGAAGACAGACAAAUGGCAAGGCAAAUUCAUAAAAUGUCAGAUCUUCCAUUUUUUGAAGUCUUUGUUGAUACACCUCUUAAUGUAUGUGAAGCUAGGGAUACAAAAGGAUUGUAUAAAAAGGCCCGUCAGGGGGCUAUCAAGGGUUUUACUGGAAUAGAUCAAAUGUAUGAAAAACCUGUAAAUCCUGAUUUAGUGGUAACCACUGAAAACUGUACUCCAGAAGAAUCAGCUGCAACCGUUAUUGAUCUUCUGGAGAAACAGUGCAUUAUACCUUUGCUUCAAAAACCUGCAGUACCAAUACGGGAGUUGUUCAUUCCAGAAUCACGUAUAUCUUCUGCCAAAACAGAAGCAGCUACACUUCAAAGCUUAGAAAUUAGUGAAAUAGAUGUACAAUGGCUCCAGGUUUUAGCAGAAGGUUGGGCUGCACCUCUUACUGGUUUUAUGAGAGAGAACCAAUAUCUCCAGACUCAACAUUUAAAAUGUCUCCUUGAAGGUGAUAAGGAAGUUAAUCAAUCUAUUCCCAUAGUUCUUGCAAUACACAUAGAGGAUAAAGAACGUUUGGAUGGACUUUCAGCUUUUACAUUGAAAUACAAAAAUAAAGCUCUUGCAAUAUUACGUAGACCAGAAUUUUAUUUUCAUAGGAAAGAAGAAAGAUGUGGGUGGCAAUUUGGUACUAACAAUUUAGACCAUCCUUAUGUAAAGAUGAUUCAUGAAUCUGGAGAUUGGUUAGUUGGUGGUGAUGUAGAAGUUCUUAAAAGAAUUAGAUGGCAUGAUGGACUGGAUAAAUACAGACUUACACCAAAUGAAAUUCGAACAAAAUGUAAAAAAAUGAAAGCUGAUGCUGUAUUUGCAUUCCAACUUAGAAAUCCUAUACAUAAUGGUCAUGCAUUACUGAUGCAAGACACAAAAAAACGUUUAUUAGAAGAAAGAGGGUUUAAAAACCCUAUAUUACUCUUACAUCCUCUGGGUGGGUGGACAAAAGAUGAUGAUGUACCAUUACGUACAAGAAUUCUACAACAUGAAGCUAUACUUAAUGAAGGAUUUCUAGAUGCUGGUUUUACACUAUUAGCAAUUUUUCCAAGUCCAAUGAUGUAUGCUGGACCCAUAGAGGUACAAUGGCAUGCAAAGGCUAGGAUGAAUGCUGGUGCUAACUUUUAUAUUGUUGGAAGAGAUCCUGCUGGUAUACCACAUCCUAAUAAAACUGCAACACCUGAUGGAAAUCUUUAUGACUCUACUCAUGGUGCACGAGUUCUUUCAAUAGCUCGAGGUUUACAAAAUCUAGAAAUCAUACCCUUUAAAGUUGCAGCAUAUGAUAAGAAACAUAAAAAAAUGUCCUUUUUUGACGAAAAACGAAAAGAAGAUUUUGAAUUUAUAUCAGGGACAAAAAUGCGUAGUUUAGCAAAAGCAGGUGAAAAUCCACCUGAUGGAUUUAUGCCACCCAAAGCAUGGUCUGUUCUUGUGCAAUAUUAUCAAAAUCUAGAAAAAUAA